AGGCUCGGAGUUCCUGUCAGGCCUCGCAGGCCCCACCGCCAUAGCUUCACGGCGAGGCGGGGCGGUGCUGGGGGCGGUGCUGUAUAACACGUGUGUUGAUUGGUUCCAUUGGCGUUAGGAAGCGGGAUUAAGGUGUAGAAACGGCGUCGCGAUUGGCCGGAGAGGUGAGCAUCUGUCACAUGAGCGUGGGUAGGGCAUCGCAGAGCGAGAGGGGAGAGCUGCGAUUGACUUCGGUGCGGCGGUGGGCGGGGCGUAGGUUAUAUAAGGGUGACUUUGGCGGGCUACUGCAGUUGGCGGCCGUGUCCUGCUCUGUGUCGUGGUUGUUUUCGCUGCUGCCGCCAGGAUGUUUGAGGCGCGGCUUGUGCAGGGCUCGGUGCUCAAGCGGGUGCUGGAGGCCCUGAAAGACCUCAUCACCGAGGCGUGCUGGGACCUAGGAUCAGGCGGCAUCAGCCUGCAGAGCAUGGACUCCUCGCACGUUUCUUUGGUGCAGCUCACGCUGCGUUCUGAGGGCUUCGACACCUACCGCUGCGACCGUAACAUCGCCAUGGGCGUCAACCUCAACAGCAUGUCUAAAAUACUGAAGUGUGCUGGAAAUGAAGACAUCAUAACUCUUAGGGCAGAAGACAAUGCGGAUACGUUGGCUCUCGUGUUUGAAGCACCAAAUCAGGAAAAGGUUUCUGAUUAUGAGAUGAAGCUUAUGGAUCUCGAUGUGGAACAGCUUGGAAUUCCAGAACAAGAAUACAGUUGUGUUGUGAAAAUGCCUUCUGCUGAAUUUGCACGCAUCUGUAGAGACCUCAGCCACAUUGGUGAUGCUGUUGUCAUCUCCUGUGCAAAAGACGGUGUGAAAUUUUCAGCUAAUGGAGAGUUAGGAAAUGGAAACAUCAAGCUGUCACAGACCAGUAACGUGGACAAAGAGGAAGAAGCUGUUACAAUAGAAAUGAAUGAGCCAGUCCAGUUGACUUUUGCUCUGAGGUAUUUGAACUUUUUUACCAAAGCCACCCCCCUGUCACCUACAGUAACACUCAGCAUGUCUGCAGAUGUUCCUCUGGUUGUGGAGUACAAGAUCGCUGAUAUGGGACAUUUAAAAUACUACCUGGCUCCAAAGAUUGAAGACCAGCAAGAAGGCUCUUAACUGCACUGGGACUGAGGGGGAGAUCUGCUCAGCUCUUGGGGUGCACAACCAGCUUGGAGAAGGAAGUCUGCUGUCUUCCACGUUACUAGAAAUGUCAGUGCAUUGCAGCAUCGAGUCAGCACUGUUAAGGAUGUUCUGUAGAUAUCUCUGUAAAUAUUUUUCAACUUGUUUUGCUAUACUGAUGUCAUUUGAAAUAGGAAUUUUUUUUCUAGCCUAUGCCUAUACUUGCAAUAAUUUUUUAGAUGCUGUCUUUAGGUGAAAUACUCCUCUUAACGUGUGUUAAAGGAGUGCAAUAUUUAAUUUCAGUAAAGAUGGUUCCUAGAUUUUCACCUGUGGAACUGUAGUUGGUUAGGGUUGCUGUUUAAGUAUGCCACAAGUUUAUUUUCCCCUUCAUUUAUUUUUGAAGCUGGUAUUCUAACUAAAAUGUGGAAAUAAAAAAUGACUUCAUGGUUUUAUCCUACUUCAG